CGACUGUGAUUAAAAUUAACGAUGGCGGCCCCCAUGCUAUCUGUCGCAGACGUCCAAGGCUCGUUGAAAAAUCAAAUUCGAGCGAAACAACAGAAGAAAAAGCCCAAGAAAAUGGUUCUUUGUAGUCCAUUUACAAAUUCUAGUCCAAGUUUAACAACAGAAACACAAGAACAGAUUUUGCAGAAACUAGUAGACUCCAUAAAACCAUUAGGAAUUGCAGAGGAGAGAGAACAAAGACGAAGACUAACACAGCAGCAGAGAAUUCUUAAGCGUAAAAGCAAUCUUAAAGACAAGAAGGUUGGUGUAAAAGACCCUGAGGGUGCUGGGGAGGGGGCACCAGAGCAGGGGAAGGAUGGGGAGAAGGCAUCGGAGAAAGACAUCAAAAGCACAGGAGAUGUCAAGGAUAAAGAAAGCCAUCAUGGGACAGAACUGUCAACAGGAGUCCAGGCAAGGGGGAAAACUUAUUGUGAAAGUACAAUCAAGUCAGACAGAUCAAAGCUCUGUUUUGGGAUUAAUGAAGUUAUUAAAGGCCUUGAGAGAGAUCAAAUGCGAUUGGUUCUUGCUUGUCAGUCAUGCAAGCCUGAUAUGCUUACACAACAUCUGAUUGGUUUAGCUGCCAGUAGGAACUGCCCAGCCUCUCUCAUUUCAAAUUUGAGCAGCACGCUGUGCCCUAUCUUGAAAAUUUCUUCACUGAUGGCAUUAGGCAUCAAGAAAAACCAGCCUGGGGAAUCCUCAUCAUUAGAUGGAACAGUGGAGUUUAUUUGUAACCUUAUUCCUGUACAAACUCUGUCAUGGAUAGAAAAUGAGUCUGUCAAAAAUGAACCAAUCACAGGUCUCCAUACAGAAACUGUGAAGGAAGAAAGCAAAUCAUUGGCUGAAAACAUUACAAAGGAUUCAGAGUCCCUUAAUACACAAAAAGAGGAAGAAAAACCUAACUACUCUCAUUUCUAUGUUUACAAAAAGGACAGUCCAUUUAGCAUGAUAAGGGAAGCAUCUUUUGGAGCAGACUUCAUUCCAUUUUCAGCCAGUUCUGGUGAGGUGAACAUGGAUGUUGUCCCAGAUUUGGGUAAAAAGAGAAAAAGUGAUAAAGAAGAUGAUGCCCAGGUUAAAUACAGGAAAUAUCAGGAAACUGAGUAUCUGCCUGUGUUUGGAAAUGACAAAAAGGUCAAAAAGAAAAGAAAGAGAAAUAAAAAUAAAAAAAGAGGAGUUAAGGAUAAGAAAUAG